AAGUUUCUUGCUUUUAUUUCACAGGGAGUUAUUUCUUGUCAUUGUGAUCUUUUAUCUGUUAACUUCUUGUUCUGUAAAUCAAAGAAUCCAUCUAGCAUCUGUCUGGUAUCUUCAGAAAAGCAGAAGGGAACGGAAACAGGGCAAGGAGGCACAGCAACAUCCUCAGCAGGAAAGGGAGGAACAGCAACAUCAACACUGGACUACAUUUUUCAGAACCACUGCUGUAAUGGGUGGACAUGGUGGUGCAUAUCUAUGAUAGUUUAGAUGCUUUGGGUCAAGACCCCAACAGAGAGAAGGAAGAUGCUGAUGCAGGAAGAGAGAAGGCAGAGAGACGCCUACAAGCACAACAUAGAGGAGGAGACACUGCAUGGGGCAGGUGUAACAGACUGACUGCAGUGUGUGUGGUGCUGCUGUGUGUCCUCCUGUUUGUGGUCUCCACUGUGCUGUGGAUCAAAUUCAACAACCUAAAAGCAGAGAGAGACCAAUUACAGACCAGUUACAACACCCUAACUAAAGAGAGAGACCAGUUACAGACCAGUUACAACACCCUAACUAAAGAGAGAGACCAGUUACAGAAAGAGAGAGAUUUUAAUAAAUGGAAGUGGAUCAGCUACAGCUCCAGUUUUUACUACGUCUCUAAUGAUUAUAAGAGCUGGGAGGAGAGCAGACAGAACUGCAGGGACAAGGGAGCAGAUCUGAUGAUCAUCAACAGCAGAGAGGAACAGGAGUUCAUCAGUAAACACAUCAGCAGUAUCAGUGGGGUUUGGAUUGGUCUGAGUGACAGAGAUAAAGAGGGAGAGUGGAAAUGGGUGGACGCUUCACCACUGACCUUCAAGGACUGGGGUCAGUGGGAACCGGGUGGUAAAGAGAAAGAGAAUUGUGGUGAAAUUUACAAAUCUUCAAACAGCAUCAUCUGGAAUGACAAUAACUGCUCUAAAAAACUAAACUGUAUCUGUGAGAAAAAUGUUUCUUCCUGAAGUGAAAAUCACUUUUACACAACUUGAGCUGAUUAUAUUCAGUAUAAAGACAAUAUUUGGAUGUGAAUUGUGUCUCAGUGUCUGUUCUUGUUUUGUCAGAGUGCACAGAAACUGUUCAUGUCUUUUACUGUAUCUCAUACUGUUACAUUCCCACUGUGGUGAAACCUAA